AUCUGCUCGUCGAUCGACGACGGGCUCAUCUUCCUUCUCGCUCACCUACUCCCUCGACAGCCCGUUUACACUCGACAAUUAAACUAUUCCUCGAUCUUCUUUUCCGUGUACUUAUCAUUCGAAUGACCUCGACCAGAUUCCACGACCCCCGAAAGCAUAAAAAACCAAACCCCCAAGCCGUCCAGGAGUUUAGGAGUCUCGGAGCAGCUGCGAAAUCAUCGCCUCGCGUGUAAUCCGGUCUCUCCGAAGCGCGAGAGAGACAGUCAGAUUCGUGUGUUCUGUUCGCUAUAGCGGCGCGUGUGCCACACAUUGCUAUUGCCUGGCUGCGCGCGGUUGCGGGGUGAUAGCAGUAGGAGAGAACAGCAGCCAGAUCAUCGUCAGCAGCGCAGUUGCAGCCAGCAUCAGCACCGCACCGAGUCCAUAGGGAAAUCUCCAGCUGCAGCGCGGAAAGCUCGUGUGUGCGGCUGAGCGGGGCAUCGCAGGUGAAGGGACAGUAGUUCACGACGGGACGAGAACACCAGCGCAAUGUGCCGGAGGUUCAUCCUCGGCUUCCUGGCGGCCGUCUGCCUGCAGCUGAUCUGCGUCCAAGCCGACGAACAUAAUCACAUCUAUGAGAAAGGCGAUGAAGUAGUACUAUGGAUGAGCACUGUUGGUCCUUACCAUAACAGACAAGAGACAUAUUCCUACUAUUCCUUACCUUUUUGUAAAGGUCCUAAGGAAGUAAUAAGUCAUUACCAUGAGACACUCUCAGAGGCUCUGCAAGGUAUUGAGCUAAAAAUGAGUGGAUUGAACAUAGAGUUCAAAGACCCUGUCAAGAAACAAGAAUAUUGUAGUGUAAAACUGAAUGAAGAGAGCUACAAAGCUUUUGUCUAUGCUGUGAAAAAUCAGUAUUGGUACCAGAUGUACAUUGAUAAUUUACCAAUAUGGGGCGUUGUAGGUGAGCCUGAUGAAAUAAAUAACAAUAAUGGAGAAACCUCUUACUACAUCUGGACGCACAAAAAAUUAGAUAUAGGAUAUAAUGGCAAGCAAAUCGUUGAUGUUAAUUUAACUAGCGAGUCAAAGGUUGAACUCAAAGUAGGAAGGACUAUACCUUUUAGUUAUGAAGUCAACUGGAAGAAGAGCAAUACAAAGUUUGAAGAUAGAUUUGACAAGUAUUUGGAUCCCAACUUCUUCCAACACAGGAUUCACUGGUUCAGCAUUUUUAAUAGUUUUAUGAUGGUCAUUUUCCUUGUUGGGCUUGUUUCAAUGAUUUUAAUGCGCACUCUGAGAAAAGACUAUGCAAGAUAUAGCAAAGAUGAGGAGAUGGACGAUAUGGAGAGGGACCUGGGUGAUGAGUAUGGCUGGAAGCAAGUUCAUGGAGACGUUUUCAGACCAGCCAAUCAUCCCAUGCUCUUCUCCGCGCUUAUCGGAGCUGGAUAUCAGGUAACAGUUGUAGUCCUUAGUGUCAUCAUCUUUGCCAUUCUUGGAGAACUUUACACAGAGCGAGGCUCGAUGCUUUCCACCGCAAUCUUUGUCUACGCUGUAACUUCGCCAAUUAACGGAUAUACAGGCGGUGGCCUUUAUGCGCGGAUGGGAGGUCGAGUUUGGAUCAAACAGAUGUUGCUCAGCGCCUUCAUGAUUCCGGCUCUUGUCUGCGGAACGGCCUUCUUCAUCAACUUCAUUGCCAUGUACUACCACGCCAGUCGAGCCAUCCCCUUCGGAUCAAUGGUUGCUGUGACAUGUAUCUGUAUAUUCGUAAUUCUGCCACUGACCCUCGUCGGUACGAUUUUGGGUCGCAACCUCGCUGGAACGCCAGAUGCUCCAUGCAGAGUAAACGCAGUGCCACGACCUAUACCUGAGAAGAAAUGGUUCAUGGAGCCAUUUGUGAUCAUUAUGCUCGGUGGAAUUCUUCCCUUUGGAUCAAUCUUCAUUGAGAUGUAUUUCAUCUUCACGUCCUUCUGGGCUUACAAAAUCUACUACGUUUACGGUUUCAUGUUACUAGUAUUUGUAAUCCUGAUGAUCGUCACGGUUUGCGUGACCAUUGUGUGCACGUACUUCCUUCUAAAUGCAGAAGACUACAGAUGGCAGUGGACCAGUUUUCUGGCAGCAGGAUCAACAGCCAGUUAUGUAUACCUUUAUUCGUUCUACUAUUUCUUCUUCAAAACUAAAAUGUACGGCCUCUUCCAAACCGCGUUUUAUUUCGGCUACAUGGCGCUCUUCAGCUUGGCUCUAGGAAUUAUGUGCGGCACAGUUGGAUACAUUGGUACCAGUCUGUUCGUACGCAAGAUUUACUCGACCGUCAAAAUAGACUAAAUCUAUCGACCCAAUGUCUUUUUCUCAUCAUCAACGUGUCAUCGUCGCCGUCUCGAUGAGUCUCGGUGAAAGAGAACCUUCAGGUACGCUGCUCAACGUAGGACUCGUAGUCGCGUAUCUUUUUUUUAAUCUAAUGAACUAGCAGUGAAGCAAUCACUUCGGGGGAAUGCUUUGAAGCAAAGAAUAAAACGCUAGUCAGACACAAAGAUAAAAGUCGAUGACGGUAUGUACAGUCUUUUAAUCCCAUAGCUUCCAGCAGUGAGAAAAAGUUUAAGUUAGUAUACCGAUAAACACGAGUCCUACUAUGAAUGGUAGAAGGGGCAUUUACUCGAAAUAAAAAACUUUUGCGAGUCACACAAGAUUUUGUACGUUUACCAGCGACUUCGUGGCUCUCUGCACACAAAUAAGCUCGUAAAGAAUCGCGAAGAGUGAAUCAACGAAGUCGCAUGGGGUUGCCAGAUAAUCGAAGGCUUCUAAAAAAAAGAGAAGAAAAACAAUGUGCAUGGAUGAUCGUAUUUAUGAGUGAUGUCAUAAUGAUAUGGAGAACGUGAUAAACGCUGUAAUGAAUAAGUUGUUACAAACGUCCGCAAGCCCCGUUUGUUAUUACCACUGUCUUUGGUGCACACACUUGUCAAAAUAUCGGCGCAUUCUCAUCGGCCUUGUACUAGCUCGAGUUUAUAUCAAUAUACAUUUUUUCAUUGUUUAUUCCUGCUUCUGUGACAAAAUUUAAUCGAUUUUUAAAGGUGUAGGUGAUUAUAAGGUCAAUGCAAAUGUGUGAUCAAAUUGAAAUAGAACAUUAGGCAUUUGACAUAGAUAGAAAUGAAACAAACUGAUUUGUAAGUGACAUGUUAUCAACGCAACGUACUGAAAACACAAAUUCGAUGAGAAGUAAUAGAGUAGUAGAGGAACAUAAUUAUUUUCUUAGACUUUUUGAUACAUGUGUUGAGUUUUGAUUAUUAAAAUUUGGCAAAUUUUCAAAGAUUUUUUACGAGAUUCUGAAUCUAAACUUUAGUAGAGAUUCGUUUUUUCUAUUUUAAAUAUUUUUUUUCUAUUCGAAUAUUGCAGCUUACUAUGGUAUUCUUUUUAUAAAAGAAUGAAUUUGGGUAUAUAUAGAUUCAAAAAGUGUGUAAAAAUGAACAAAAUUAAAAAAUUUUCUACGCGAAAAACGCCAUUCAAAUUAUUACCAUCGUAAGUCGUAAUCUACCAAUAUUUUCAUAAGAAAAUUUUAAACUUUUAAAAUAGAAGAAUAUAAUGUCGCCUUAAAGAUUUAGAUAAAUACACCUAUACUUUAUUUACAAUUUAGGAUUUCAAAAGUAAAAGGCAUAAACUUUUUGCGUGACGUGUUUGAUAGAAUUGUAAAAAAUUUUAUUUUGAUAGGAAGAUAUGCACUUAGGUAUAUAUACACAGUACCCAAACGUCUGGGACAAUUUUUGUCAAUAAUUUUUGUAUGAUCGUGUUAUGACGAUAAUGGAUAUCAAAUAAUGUGUAAGCUUCUUCGCGACGAAAGGUAUAUUAGAUAACGAGAGUUCGGUAAACUGCAUACAGGUUCAUUGAUCUCGUGAAACUUCCUUGUAAAGUUACUUAAAAAAACUAUUCAGUUUAUGGUUGAUUCGCAGAUUUAUUAUUGAGCUUCUCGAUCGAAUGUGAAAAUGACGUAGUGAUAAAAGUGGAAUAUGAAGGAAAGACGAUAUACUUCGAUCUAUGUAUAUUCGAUUUAUUUCGAAAGACAAAAAACGACGUAGCUGUGCGAAUUUGUAUUUUAUGAAAGCAACAGUAUACAUGAUGAGUUAUUAUUGAUUAUUUAGCAAUAAGCAAUCUGUUGUUAGGAGUAACGAUAAGUGAAAAUAUAAUAUUUCUACUUGUGAAAAAUCUACAAAUUUUUCCUGAAAAUAUAAAUAAUUUAUUUGAUUAUAAGUAAAAUAAACAAAAAUCUUAUGGAAAAGAGUCCGGCUACUUUUUUGAAAAGUCUCUUUAUAAGUGAAGCAUUACGCUGUUAUUCUUUUGAUUAUAUUGCGUUGCUUUUGAUUCUAUUCUAUUUUAUAAAAUAAAGACAUGACGAAAAAUUCA